AUGGCGCCGCAGGCGCCGCAGAGCGAUGAGGCCUUCGACAUCAUGCUACCGCUCUUCGAGGUGCGCUGGGCCUCCUGGGGCACGCAUCUGAACGUUUCAUUCACGCAUCUGAACCACUGGGAUUUUAAGGAGAGGGGUGUGGAGGCGCUCUUGUCGGAGGUGUCGCGGUACGUCGAGGAGGCUCGUGCCGGCUCGGAGGACGCUCUCCCGCCGCUGCUCGCCGCCUGCGAGCGCGUGCUCGCGCUCGCGCCCGAGGAUGCGGAGACGCUGCGUGCAAAGCUCACUUGCCUGGUGGAGCUCGGCCGGUACGGCGAGGCGGAGGCGCUGGCUGCGGAGCUGGGCGAGCCGGCGCGGUACGAGCGCGCCUACGCCCUCUACCAGCUCGGCCGCGAGGCGGACGCGAUGCGGGCGCUGCCGGCGGACCUCAGCGGCGCGAGCGGCGCCGAGCAGACGCUCGCGGCGCAGAUCAAGUACAGACAGGCCGAGUACGGCGAGGCGGCGCGGCUGUUCCGGGCGGCGGCGGAGCAGGCCGCCUCCGAGGGGGACGGCACCGCCGCCGAGCACUACACGAACGUGCUCGCCUCGCUGGUGCUCUCUCGCGACUCGGCGGCGGCGACGUCGUACGGCGCGUCGCUCGCCGCGGGGCUCGAGGCGGAGCAGUUUGAGCUGGCGUACAACCUGGCUUGCGCGCACAUCGGGUCGGGCGA